AUGUCAAAGUGCUUGUUUGCGAUCGCUCGGCUGCGGGAGCAGCAGCAGCAACAGGAACAGCAGCAGCAGCAGCAGCAGCAGCACUGCGUGUUGUCGCCUGAUGAGCUGCAGAUGCUCUUGCUGUCAGCUGCAGCAAAUGUGAAGCUGCUGCAGCCUGAGGAAAUGCCACUGUUGCUUGCUGCUGUGAACUCGCUUCUCGCCCAGCAGCAGCAGCAGCAGCAGCGGCAGCAGCACGCGGGCACCGGCGACGCAGCAGCAGGAACAGCAACAGCAGCACUUACUGCGCCGAUUUCCCUGCAGAAGGCUGCUGCGAUGUUUGCUGCUAGCUGCCGUGAUGCUGUGCAGCAGCAGCUGCAGCAGCAAAACAUCGACAAGCCGGAUAUAGCGCUGCAGCUGCUGCUGCACAUGCACGUUUUGCAUGUGCGCUGCGGCUGCCUGCUCUCUGACUCUGCUGCUGCUGAUCCUGCUGCUGCGUCUGCUCCUGCUGAACACUGUGCUGCUGCUCCUGCUGCAGCAGAUGCUGCUGCUGCUUCUGCAGCAAAGGAGUGGCAAGACGUUGCUGCAGGUCUUGCUGCAGCUGCGGAGGCUCUGCUGCAAAAGAUGCCAGGAGGCUCUGCGCAAGCAGCAGCAGAACCGCGCUUAGGGGCUGCUGCUACAGCAGGAGCAGCCGGCGCAGCAGCAGCACGAUCGGAGCCAGCAGCAGCAGAAGCAGCCGCAGAGGCUGCUGCGCUAGCCGCCGUGCUGCAGCAAAGCGGCGUAGCCGCCUCAGAGUGCAUAACUGCUGCUGCGCCCUUGCUGCUGCUGAAGUACAGCAGGGACCCCACGGCAGCAGCUGCUGCUGCUGCACAGCUGCGAGCAGCAAGUACAGCAGGCAGCAGAGGCAAAACUGGUGCUGCUGCUGUGCUGCAGCUCAACAAAGAGCUGCAUCGAGCUAUUGUUGCUGCGGAGUCUGUAGAAGACGUGCUGCAGGCUGUAGCAGCAGCAGCAGCACGACUUAAAGAGCAGCAGCAGCAGAAGCAGGGAAGCAGCACUCGCAAACUGCGUGAAGCACAACAGGACAGGAAGGGACCAGAGGCUGCUGCUGCUGCUGCUGCUGCUGCUGCUGAGUCAGCUGCUCCAGCAGCAACAGCAACGGAGAUGUGCCACCUGGAGCCCGCAAACAUAACGGCCGCGCUGCACCACGUGGCGCUCCGCGUGAAGCCGCAGCAGCAACAGCAGCAGCAGCAGCAGCAGCAGCAGCAGAUCCAGCUGCUUGUUGACGAGAGAAUGCUGCUGCUGCUGGAUGCUGCUGCUGCUUACCUCCCCACAAGCGACGGCAGCACAACUCGUAUUCUAUGGGCGCUGCAGCGGCUCGGUUUGCUGCGGCCUCUGCCUCUGCUGCUGCAGCAGCUGAAGCUUCUGCCGGGGCAGCAGCAGCAGCAGCAGCAGAAGCUUCUUUUGCUACGAAGCCGCCUUCAACGGGGUCUGGUGCUGCGGCUGCAGCAGCUCUUCGACGAGCAGCAGCUAAUGCCGCAGCAGCUUGCUGCUGCACUGCGGGUGCUUGCUGCACUAGUUGAAGACCAGGGCGACCACGCAGCAGCAGCAGCAGCAGAAGCAGCAGUGAAAGACAGUGCUUUGGAGCAGCAGCAAGUAGAAAGUGAUGCUGCUGCUGCUGCUGCUGCAGAGGACAGCCUAAGAGCAGCAAUGGGAGACCCGCGAUUUGCUGCUUCUCUCUGCUGCGCCCUCGCAGCGCAGGUGCGGCAGCUGCAAGCAGCAGAGGCAUCUGCUGCUCUGUUGGCUUUGGCCAAGCUGCGGUGGUUGCUGCUGCGGCCUGCUGCUGCUGCAUCUGUCCAGCUACAACAGCAGCAGCAGCAGCUGCUGCUGCUGCAACAGGUAAUGCAGCAAAAGCUGCUGCCGGCCCUUCUUAGGCGAAUGCAGCAGCUUUUGCCCGUCUCGAACACGCAGUGUAUUGCUGCUGCCUUGUGGGGCGUUGCAGUCCUGCAGCAGCAGCAGCAGCUUCUGCUGCUACGCCAGGAGCCGCAGCAGUUAGCCUGUGAUACCGCUGCUGUUGAGAGCGCAGCAGCAGAUUUCGUAGCUGCUGCAGCACAGCAGCUGCAACAGCAGCGCUCUGUCCGAAGAGAGGGAUCAAGGUGUCUUUCUUUGCUUCUGGUGGCCUUCACGCAGCUGGCGCCGCUGCUGCUGCAGCAGCAACAGCAGCAGCAGCAACAGCAACUGCUGCUGCAGCCCCCGGAACAGACACUGUUGCUGCUUGACGUUAUAGGGACAGCCUUGAGACGCGUGAGGGAUGACGAGGCAGAUGCAGUGCAGCAAGUUAAAAGGCAGCAGCAGCAGCAGCAGCAGCAUGUAGCUGCUGAGUUGCUGGAUUUGGUGUGGCAGCUGCUUGCACGCUUGACUGAGCUGUACGUGCAGCCGGGGGCUGCUGCUACUGCUGCUGCUGCUGCGGCUGCUCCUACUGCAGAGGGGGUAGCAGCUGAUGCUUCUACUGCUGCUGACGUUGCUGCUGCUGCUGUGAAUGCUGCCUGGUUCGAGGGUCUGUGCGGCGAGUUGGCUGCUGCAGCAGCAGUAGCACUGGAAGCGGUCACUCCCGAGCAGCAGGACCAGCAGGAGCAGCAGCAGCAGCAAGGGAGUGUUACUCAGGAGCCGCAAAGACAGCAGCAACGGCAGCAGCAGACUGAGAAGCACCAGCACCAGCAGCAGCAACAAAAGCAGCGAGGUAUCCCGAACCGGAUCGCUGCCCGGCUGCUGCACUCCGUGGUGCUUGCUGCUGCUGCACUGCAGCGAACAGCAAGUCUGCAUGCCCCCCACAGUGCUGAGGCCUUCGCAGCAGCAGCAACGCAGCGGAUGCUGCUGCGUGCUGCAGAACAGCUAAAGGCUGUGGCCCUCAGGCAGCUAGCUGCUGCAGCAGCUGCUUCCUGUCAAGCAAAUGCUGCCCGUAACACCCACAAGCAAAACGCACACGAAACAGUAGCACCGGCUGCUGCUGCUGCUGCUGCCGCUGCCUAUACGCCCCAGAGGCAGCAGCUCGCAAAGACUGCGCUGCUGGCUCUCGUAGCAGCAGGGCGGCUUGAAGCGCUGCAGCGG